AGCGUGUUGUUGUUUUCGCCUUCAGGUUCGUGGAGUCCCAGAACAAACCAUCCACUGACCCGCUGGUGUUGUGGUUGAACGGCGGCCCUGGCUGCAGCUCUCUGGAUGGACUGCUCACAGAGCACGGACCCUUCCUGAUCCAGGAUGACGGAGUGACGCUGCAGUACAACGAGUACUCCUGGAACAAGAUCGCCAACAUGUUGUACCUGGAGUCUCCAGCAGGGGUCGGCUUCUCAUACUCUGACGACGGGAACUACAUCACCAACGACACAGAGGUCAGUGACCCCAAAUUUGGCCCCUGACAGGGUCCCUGGUGGCCCUCAAAACCAUUUUCUAAUUGACAAUAAAAA